AUGGAAUAUCAUCAUCCGUCUAUGAUUAUUUCUACAACACCUUCCAAUACUCUCGCUCAUCCAGUACAAGAUUGGAAAAUAAUGCAAGUUAUUAAUAAUAAGAUUCGAGACGAUGUCGUGAAGAAAUUUGCUCGAUUUACUAAACGUGUUAAUGGCGAAUUGAUCAAAGUCAUGUAUGAAUGGUACGAACGUGGUAGUGGCGAUCGUCAACGGAGAUUUGGUAAACAUUAUCGUCUUGAAAUAAAGAAAGAUACAUUUGAACAAUAUAAUGAUCGUUUUCCACAUUUACGUCGAUAUACGUUUGAACAGUUUUGUGAAUUAUUAGCACCGAUUAUAACAGGCCAAUAUAAUGAUCAUCAAUUGUAUCAAACAUUUGAGAAAUUAGAUUCAAAUAACGAUAAUUAUUUGGAUAUUGAAGAAUUAGAAAAUCUGUUGACAAUCAUUGGUCGUUUAGAAUCAAUUUAUGAAAUAGAACGUAUCAUUUUGCAAUUAACAAUGAGAGGAAAACUGGAUUUUGAAGAUUUCAAACGCUUUAUUUCUAAUGGUUUUGCUCGUGAACUCUUAAUGCCACCAUAUGAAGACACGAAUUAA